AUAAAGCAAACGUCUUGUAACCGUUGCGACUUUGCAACUACUCAACAUGUUAGCUAACCCUUCCUCUAAUCUUAACAUGUUAGCUAACUCUUCCUCUAAUCUUAACAUGUUAGCUAACUCUUCCUCUAAUCUUAACAUGUUAGCUAACCCUUCCUCUAAUCUUAACAUGUUAGCUAACCCUUCCUCUAAUCUUAACAUGUUAGCUAACCCUUCCUCUAAUCUUAACAUGUUAGCUAACUCUUCCUCUAAUCUUAACAUGUUAGCUAACCCUUCCUCUAAUCUUAACAUGUUAGCUAACCCUUCCUCUAAUCUUAACAUGUUAGCUAACCCUUCCUCUAAUCUUAACAUGUUAGCUAACUCUUCCUCUAAUCUUAACAUGUUAGCUAACCCUUCCUCUAAUCUUAACAUGUUAGCUAACCCUUCCUCUAGUCUUAACAUGUUAGCUAACCCUUCCUCUAGUCUUAACAUGUUAGCUAACCCUUCCUCUAAUCUUAACAUGUUAGCUAACUCUUCCUCUAAUCUUAACAUGUUAGCUAACUCUUCCUCUAAUCUUAACAUGUUAGCUAACCCUUCCUCUAAUCUUAACAUGUUAGCUAACCCUUCCUCUAAUCUUAACAUGUUAGCUAACCCUUCCUCUAAUCUUAACAUGUUAGCUAACCCUUCCUCUAAUCUUAACAUGUUAGCUAACCCUUCCUCUAAUCUUAACAUGUUAGCUAACUCUUCCUCUAAUCUUAACAUGUUAGCUAACCCUUCCUCUAAUCUUAACAUGUUAGCUAACCCUUCCUCUAAUCUUAACAUGUUAGCUAACUCUUCCUCUAAUCUUAACAUGUUAGCUAACUCUUCCUCUAAUCUUAACAUGUUAGCUAACUCUUCCUCUAAUCUUAACAUGUUAGCUAACCCUUCCUCUAAUCUUAACAUGUUAGCUAACUCUUCCUCUAAUCUUAACAUGUUAGCUAACCCUUCCUCUAAUCUUAACAUGUUAGCUAACUCUUCCUCUAAUCUUAACAUGUUAGCUAACUCUUCCUCUAAUCUUAACAUGUUAGCUAACCCUUCCUCUAAUCUUAACAUGUUAGCUAACCCUUCCUCUAAUCUUAACGUGUUAGCUAACUCUUCCUCUAAUCUUAACAUGUUAGCUAACCCUUCCUCUAAUCUUAACGUGUUAGCUAACUCUUCCUCUAAUCUUAACAUGUUAGCUAACCCUUCCUCUAAUCUUAACAUGUUAGCUAACUCUUCCUCUAAUCUUAACAUGUUAGCUAACCCUUCCUCUAAUCUUAACAUGUUAGCUAACCCUUCCUCUAGUCUUAACAUGUUAGCUAACCCUUCCUCUAGUCUUAACAUGUUAGCUAACCCUUCCUCUAAUCUUAACAUGUUAGCUAACUCUUCCUCUAAUCUUAACAUGUUAGCUAACCCUUCCUCUAAUCUUAACAUUUUAGCUAACCCUUCCACUUUAACGUAACUCCUACACUAACUGUCAGCCAUCUAACUAGAAUUGAAUACAUACGAAACAUAACAUAUCAUACCAAAUGGAGUGUCUCGGAUUUACAUAUAGAACACUAGGAAAUGAUCUGAGACCAGGUUAUGGAACAAGGUACAAGACUAUCUUCAGACCAGGGCAGACCAGGGACUAUGAAAUACUCCCCCCAUCGUUAGCAAGCGCAUAACACUCUAUUUCGUCAUCCAAAUAAGGUCAGUGUAUGAAUUGAUAUUUAUCACUGUACCAUGCUUGUUCAGUGUUGUUUAUUACAUUUAAAAAAAAACUAAACUGGCAACAAGUUUAAAAUUAUUAUUAUUAUUUUUGUUUAAGAUGCUCAUUGAAAUAUUUAGCAAAUCACUGAGGAUCAAGGUUCAUUCGUAUACUUGUGUUAAUAUUGGCAACUACUGCACCAAGCUAAAUGAUACAUUUACAUUCAGGGACAAGUUGGUUCAUCUUGACCCUCCGCUGUUAGUUACUGAUUGACUGGGGACCUGAUAUGAGUGAUGUUUUGUAACAAAGAUCCCUUGCUGUCUUUUUCAAACCGAUUUAUCAACUACAGUAUGUACAGUGGCAGAUAUAUCAACUACAGUAUGUACAGUGGCAGAUAUAUCAACUACAGUAUGUACAGUGGCAGAUAUAUCAACUACAGUAUGUACAGUGGCAGAUAUAUCAACUACAGUAUGUACAGUGGCAGAUAUAUCAACUACAGUAUGUACAGUGGCAGAUAUAUCAACUACAGUAUGUACAGUGGCAGAGCUGAGCUUUGGGAACGUUACACGUGUCACAUGGAAAGCAGUGGCAUUAGCGGUGUUAAGUAACUUCACAGUAUAUUUUAGAAGGCUGAGUGUUGGACUUACAGGAUGGUAUAUUUUAGAAGGCUGAGUGUUGGACUUACAGGAUGGUAUAUUUUAGAAGGCUGAGUGUUGGACUUACAGGAUGGUAUAUUUUAGAAGGCUGAGUGUUGGACUUACAGGAUGACCAUGGUCAGCUUGACUGGAAUGGAAUGACCCUAAACAUUGACCCAGAUAAAGGCUCUAUCCCAAAUGGCACCCUAAUCCCUACAUAGUACACUACUUUUAACCAGAGCCCUGUGGGCCUUGACCACAAGUAGUGCACUUUGACGGCAUGCAUCCCAAAUAGCACCCUAUCUUCUACUAUCUCCACGUUAUCGCGUUAUCUAUGAGAACUUACUAACCCUACCCUCCCUCUGGUUAUUUUCCCCACAUAGUACUGCCUGACUCACUCACAGCCUGUGACUAAAUCAAUGGCUUCCCCUCACUAGCUGCUGAGGAUCAGUGACAUCACAAUGUCAGGUCUGUGUUCUAAAUGGCUUCCCCUCACUAGCUGCUGAGGAUCAGUGACAUCACAAUGGCAGGUCUGUGUUCUAAAUGGCUUCCCCUCACUAGCUGCUGAGGCUCAGUGACAUCACAAUGGCAGGUCUGUGUUCUAAAUGGCUUCCCCUCACUAGCUGCUGAGGAUCAGUGACAUCACAAUGGCAGGUCUGUGUUCUAAAUGGCUUCCCCACACUAGCUGCUGAGGAUCAGUGACAUCACAAUGUCAGGUCUGUGUUCUAAAUGGCUUCCCCUCACUAGCUGCUGAGGAUCAGUGACAUCACAAUGGCAGGUCUGUGUUCUAAAUGGCUUCCCCUCACUAGCUGCUGAGGAUCACUGACAUCACAAUGGCAGGUCUGUGUUCUAAAUGGCUUCCCCUCACUAGCUGCUGAGGAUCAGUGACAUCACAAUGGAAGGUCUGUGUUCUAAAUGGCUUCCCCUCACGAGCUGCUGAGGAUCACUGACAUCACAAUGGCAGGUCUGUGUUCUAAAUGGCUUCCUCUCACUAGCUGUGUCACUAGCUGUGACAUCACAAUGGCAGGACUGUGUUCUAAAUGACACUCUCUUUCCUAUAUAUAGUGUACUACUUUUCAACAGGGUCCAUAGGGCUAUAGUCAAAAGUAUUGCACCACAUAGAGGGUGCAAUUUUGGAUGCAGUGUAUGUAUGAGGACAUUCAGUCCCCAAUGACAACCUCAGUCCAUCCAAGCCCUUCACAGCAUCUCUCCACACACACAGACUUAGACCAACAAAGAAGUAUCCUGGUCUCAGUGUAGUGGACUACAGAGCUAAAUAGGAAUUGAGUCCCAAAUGGGUACCCUCGUCACAGAGACGGAGAUAUAUCAAACGAUCAACAGGGACUGCUGGCCGCCACCACCUGAUCGUUGAGGUAAAUAAAAAAAUAAAAAAAUAAAAAAUAUUUUACCUUUAUUUAACCAGGCAAGUCAGUUAAGAACAUAUUCUUAUUUUCAAUGACGGCCUAGGAACAGUGGGUUAACUGCCUGUUCAGGGGCAGAACGACAGAUUUGUACCUUGUCAGCUCGGGGGUUUGUACUCGCAACCUUCCGGUUACAAGUCCAAUGCUCUAACCACUAGGCUACGCUGCCGCCCCCUUACAGACGGUAAAUUGAGCAUGGAAGGGUCUGAUGAUCACUUCCAUUUUAUACUGAACAAAAAAAUGUAUGUUUAAUGAGCUGAAAUAAACGAUCCCAGAAAUGUUC